AUUACCCGAUAUGGGAUGAGUGCACACUUACUCCGAUACUAUAUAGAAAUUUUAGGCCCCAUUAUCUUCUACCUAAAAAGGCUUAUCAGAGAGAAUGAGGACUUACUACUAUAUACAAUAUUUUUGUUGGGUUAUUACUUGAUGGGACUUUUGUCCAACAAAACCUUCUACCUCAUUACCUUAACCCUAGUCUUUCCUCUCUCCUUCGCAAUCUUAGCCCACUCGCUCUUCACCCACUCACUUUUAGCCCAACUCGACGAGUCCGACUCGGAUCCCGACGCGACCAGGACUCCGCAUCCAUGGACCCUGCUCCUGGUCAUCCAGUUCUGCUACCUCAUCCUCCUUUUCGCUUUCUCUCUCCUCUCCACCGCCGUGGUCGUAUUCACCGCUGCUUCGCUCUAUACUUCGAAGCAUGUGUCUUUCUCUAACAUGCUAUCAGCUAUUCCCAAAGUGUUCAAACGAUUGUUUUUGACCUACUUGUGGGUGGCGCUCUUGAUGUUGGUUUACAAUUCUGUUUUCUUAGCGUUCUUGGUCAUUUUGAUGAUCGCGAUUGAUUCUCAGAACACCUUUUUGGUGUUCUUCUCUCUGGUGGUGAUUUUCCUUCUAUUUUUGGUGGUUCAUGUGUAUAUUACGGCUUUGUGGCAUUUGGAGAGUGUGGUGUCUGUUCUGGAACCGAUUUAUGGGUUUGCGGCGAUGAAGAAGAGUUAUGAGUUGCUGAAGGGAAAGACCCUAUGAUAGGAACCUACAAUUCUAAGUCGGUUUAGAAGUUGUUAUAUUAGCUAGCUAAGUCGGUUACCAUUUAGUAUAUAAGCUUGUAUUAGUCACUUCAUGAGGGACGAAAUGAAAUAUGAUGAAUUCCCUUUUCUGUUAGUUACUGUCUUUGUUUCCUUCGUGUUCUUCUGUAUUCCAUAAACUGCCAUUGUCAGGCCUAGGUCGAAGGUACGUAUCACCCUAUGGCCGCACUUCUUGUUUUUAUGUAUUUGGGGAUUUGUGCGAUGAUUGGGGGUGUCUUUGGCACGGUGGUAGUUCAUGGUGGAGACAGAUGUGGGGUUUUUGCGAGGAUUGUGGUUGGUGGGUUUUUGGUAGGGUUGUUGGUGAUUGUCAAUCUGGUGGGACUGUUGGUGCAGAGUGUGUUUUACUAUGUUUGCAAGAGCUACCAUCAUCAGGGGAUUGAUAAAAGUGUUUUACAUGAUCAUCUUGGUGACUAUCUAGGAGAGUAUGUACCUUUAAAGAGCAGCAUUCAAAUGGAGAACCUGGAUGCUUGAAAAGAGAUGAAGAUUGACAUUGCUGUAUAUUGUAAUCUUCAUGGUAUUAGCAAGUAGCAACAUAUACCAACUUGGAGAGGUUGAAGUUGUCUGCAACUCAAUGAAUGGAGGGGGAAUUUUUAAUUUGCAGUCCAUGGUUUUGUUAGGUAGAAGAGUAAUUAAGGUUUUGGAUGAGGAAAGGUUUGAUGUUAUGGCAAUAAAGUUUAUGAUGUAGAAAUGCUGCUUGAAGCACUGGACUGCAACUAUUUAGAAAGUACGGUUUAGCUUUGUCUAUUCCUAGUUAUCUGUACGUGUAGAACUCAUAAAAUUAAAGAUGGAAGUUCCUGGCCCUUUUUGGGGCUGAACAAUUA